AUGACCGGCCGGGACGCGCUUUCCGACGGACGUGCCAGGAGCAGGGCACUGGUGCCCGGAGGCCCGCCCACCGGCUCGCGCCCCCGGGGCUUUGCCAUCACCGACCUGCUGGGUCUGGAGGCUGAGCUGCCCGCACCUGCUGGCCCCGGGCCGGGAUCCGGCUGCGAAGGCCCCGCGGCCGCGCCCUGCGCGGGUCCAGGGCUCUGGGGCUCCUGCCUGGCGCGCGGGGCCCUCCCGCUGGGGCUCGGCCUCCUCUGCGGCUUCGGCGCGCAGCCCCCUGCGGCCGCCCGGGCGCCCUGCCUGCUCCUCGCAGACGUGCCCUUCCUGCCGCCCGAGGGGCCUGAGCCCAGCGCCCCGCAAGUCCCCGGCCGCCCGCCGACCCCGGCCGCCCGCCAGAAGCGCAGCGAGAGCGUCUCGACGUCCGAUGAGGACAGCCCAUCUGAAGACAGGAGUGACCUGAAGGCGUCCCCCGCCCCCGGCAAGAGGAAGAAGCGGAGGCAUAGAACCGUCUUCACCGCCCACCAGCUGGAAGAGCUGGAGAAGGCCUUCAGCGAGGCCCACUACCCUGAUGUGUAUGCCCGGGAAAUGCUGGCCGUGAAGACUGAACUCCCCGAAGACCGAAUACAGGUCUGGUUUCAAAACCGGCGGGCCAAGUGGCGGAAGCGGGAGAAGCGCUGGGACGGCAGCAGCGUGAUGGCUGAGUACGGGCUCUACGGGGCGAUGGUGCGACACUGCAUCCCGCUGCCCGACUCAGUCCUCGGCUCCGCGGAGGGCGGCCUGCUGGGCUCCUGUGUGCCCUGGCUCCUGGGGAUGCAUAAAAAAUCCACAGGGAUGAUAAGGAAAGCAGAAAGUGAAGAAAAGCUGGCAGGACUCUGGGGCUCUGACCAUCUCAAGGAAGGUUCUAGCCCACAUCAGGCAGGACCCCAGAGGGGCUUGGAGGAAGGCAGCCCUGAGAGCGGCUUGGAAGACGUGGCCAUUGAUCUCUCCAGCACCACACGUCAGGAGACCAAGAGAGCGCAGCAAGGGUCUGGUGCCCAAGGAUGUUCAGACACUGAGGGGCUAGAGGGGCUCCAGCCAGGGAAGGAGGGGGCCUUAUGA